UCAGUUCUGAUCAAGAGGUGAGAAUUAUACCUUCCGUCCUUCUGCGAUGUUGAUUGAAAGAUCCUCAGACUUUGGCAAAACCUGGCAAGUCUACCGAUACUUCGCCUACGACUGUGAGAAUUCGUUCCCUGGCGUCUCCACCGGGCCAAUGAAGAAAGUCGAUGACAUUAUCUGUGAUUCCCGCUAUUCAGACAUUGAACCUUCCACCGAGGGAGAGGUCAUUUUUCGUGUUUUGGAUCCGGCUUUUCGAAUAGAAGACCCCUACAGUCCUAGGAUUCAAAAUAUGUUAAAGAUUACAAAUUUAAGGAUCAACUUUGCCAAGCUGCACACGCUGGGAGAUAACCUUCUGGAUUCAAGAAUGGAGAUCAAAGAAAAGUAUUAUUAUGCCAUUUAUGACAUGGUGGUGCGUGGAAACUGCUUCUGUUAUGGACACGCCAGUGAAUGCGCACCAGUGCAUGGCUAUGACAAAGAGGUGGAAGGAAUGGUCCAUGGCCACUGCAUGUGUCGGCACAACACCAAAGGUUUAAACUGCGAGCAAUGCUUGGAUUUUUACCACGACCUGCCUUGGCGUCCCGCAGAAGGACGGAACAGCAACGCCUGCAAAAGUAAGUUGCAACUACAUUAA